AUGGGUCUUAUCAGAGUCUCCCUCUUGCCCGCAGGAUCAGCACCCUACCUUGCUGGUUCAGACCAAAGCCUGUUCGGGUUGAGCAGUUCGAACGCUACGUACAAGAAUGCCGUAGAGACGCAGAUAGGAUUUUCUUCUGUCAGUUUCAGGCCGGGAAUGUUCUCACGCUCCCCUAUUCUGCUCCGCUGUUGGAUGCAUGAACUGGCGCGGCUUCACAUCUCUCAAGAGGCAGAUGGAAAGACGGAUUCAAGGCAUUCGAAACUACAGAGAGACCUUAUUGACACGCCGGGAUUCAUUGAGGAAUUUGAGCUAAGCAUUGGUCUUACCUUUGCCGUCAACUUGUGCUUCCAGUACUAA